CCCCAGCACCACCUUCCCGGCGGGAGGCUCGGCCCCGCCACUCGGGAGGAGGAGGAGGAGGAGGAGGAGGAGGAAGAAGAAGAAGAAGAAGAGCAGGAGGAGGAGGCUCCUGGAAGAUGGUCCCUUCGGCCGGAGAGCUGGCAUGGAUCGGCCUGGGUAUUUUAUUAGCUGCCUGCCAGGCCCUGGAGAACACGACGUCGGCCUUGAGUGGCGCUCCCGUGCCCGCGGCCGUCCGCUCCCAUUUCAACGAGUGCCCGGACUCUCACAGUCAGUUCUGCUUCCACGGCACCUGCAGGUUCUUGGUGGAGGAGAACAAGCCGGCGUGCAAGUGCCACUUGGGGUUCAUGGGAGAGCGGUGUGAGCACGCGGACCUGCUGGCCGUGGUGGCGGCCACGCAGAAGAAACAGACCAUCACCGCCCUGCUCGUGGUGUCCGUCCUGGCUUCCGUCACCCUGGCGGCCGCCUGUGUCCUCAUACACUGCUGCCAGAUAAGAAGACCCUUGGAGUGGUGCCGGGCAGUGUCCUGUCGGCAGGAGAAGCCCAGCGUCCUCCUCAAGGGGCGGGGGGCUUCCUGCUGCCGCUCCGAGACAGCGGUCUGAAAGGGCCGGGUCAGGGCCGAAGCCCCGCGGACCACCUCGGCCUCGGCGGAGAGGAGGGGGGCUUCCGGAGAAGAGCCGUUGCCGCUGAAGCAAGACAUGCUGGGAGAUUCACCGGUCCUCCCUGCGGCCCCUCACCCUCCCCGGCCUCCUGUCCGCUGCCGGCUGGGCCUUCCGCAUUUGGCCGGACCGAGAACCCCUUCCGCUCGGGGCGAUCCGGCGUGGAAACAAGAGGGAAUCGGCAGACCGUCCCUUUCCCCCCGCUCCCCCCGCCUCUCCCACCUCCCCACAAGGACCGUCCGAACGGAAUGAAAGUUGGGAGGGGGCCCUCAGAGGUGCGGGUAGAGAGGCGGGGGGUGGGCACCUGUGGGCGUGCGCGUGUGUGAGUGUCUGGUUGCCGGGAAUCUCUGGCCCCGGUCGAAAUUCCCCUGCUCGCGUUCCAGGGAGCCUCUGGCCCAGGUGGGAUCGGGUCUGGAGCUGUUGGGUAAACUGGCGGAAACGUCCUCGGGGCUUGUGCAGAGCCCCGGGGGCUGGGCCGAAGCACUGGGAAUCCAGGGAUCCCCUCCCGAGCCCCGUCGGACGGGACGGGGAACGUCUCCGUCGACGAGACCCUCCGUCCCCCCGCCGCUCUUUCCUCCUGAGAGCCGAGACGGGGACGGGGGCCGCCGGCGUCGGGGGAGCGGGAAUCUCAACUCGGGGGCAGAAACCAACCCCGCCUCUCCACCGUCUGCUCGGAUGCCCUUUGGGAUCACUCGGAAUUUUUGCAGGCGGGUGAUGGGAAACCGGGCCAACUGGCUCUGAGCGGCCCCUUUCCGACGGGAGCGACGAUCGGAUGCGGAAAUGGGGAUGGAUUCUUCGGCCCCCCCAAGAGUGAAGUGUGUGUGAGUGUGUGUGUGCGUGCACGCAUGUGUAUGGGGGGAGGGGAGGCAGGUCUGCCAUCAGCCCAAGUACAUAUAAAGCCUGCCCCUUGUUUUUUUGGAAAGCAUCGACAUCUCCUACCGAAAUCUUCCCCGGCUGCUUUGCGGGAGGCGAAAACUUCCAGAAGUUCCAGGCCAGGCUCACGGAGGGAUCGCCGACGGCCGAUUUUCCAACUCGCCGUUUGGGGUGAUCGCUUUCCUCGGGAACGGGGAACCCCAAACGUCCAGGAAAAGGUUCUAGUGAGAAGUUAGGAUUCUCUUCUUUCCCUCAGAGAACGUCCAUCGGGAAAAGCGGCUGACCGCCUUCCCCCAGGCCCCGCCCGGGUCUCCCUCCCCACCGUCAGUGACCGCCUUCAUACGGGGCCUGCCCAGGGGCCUGAUUUGAUCGCCUCCUUAUUUAUGAACUGCUCUCCGCCUCUCAGCUGCCCAGCCGGGCCAGAAUUCUUCACUGAAAUUUGGAAAUAGCUAUACGAUGAAGUAGAUCCAUAUGAAUAUACCGUACCAUAUAUGAGGAGAUUAUUUAUUCAUUAAUGUUGGAACCCAACCCCUUGAAUCUUGCGGGAACGGAAAAUGGCGGGAAAGCCCUCCAUUUCACGUCCUCCCCAUCCCCGCCCCUCAUCCGGCUUCCUGUCGGCCCCGGGGCUUGACCGGGGACGUCGGCUCUUCCCCCCUGGUGAGUCCGUGGAUGCCCCUGAGCUGUUUGAGACUGAUGUCUCUGACUGUCCCGGAUGAGGAAGUCUUAGCGAGGGGCUGAGGCGCUUUCAAGAAGGGUACGUUUUGGGGCACCCGGCAACUUUCCGCCGCUCCGAGAGUCCCCUCCCGGCUACGGCGCCCCCGGAUUCUAGAGAGAGACAUCGGUUCCUCUUGAACGGUCCUCAAAGCCCCAGCGGGAGCCCCCAUCUCACACCAGGCUGUUCCCGGGCCGAAUAGCCGAGCUCCACUUCCCCGGAACCGGCACCCCCAGCCCCCACCACCGAGUCCAGAGCAGCCCCCGGGCUCCGGCCAGAGUUAGAAGAGGGUCUCCGUGGGCUGUUCUUAAGCCAGGCUUGCAUCCUCUUCUCCACAGGUGCCAUUCGCUCAGCCCAACUCCCUUUCCCAGGUGCCUUCGCAGGGAUGCAGUUUGGUCUGGAAGUUGGCCAGGCCCUACAUCCAAGUAGUUCCGCUGAGAGGAGUGGGUGACGGGAACAAUUGCCACGUUCUUUGUUCCGGUUUUCUGGAUUCUUGGUUUUCAUUCCAAGCCACCGUCCUCAUCCUGAAUCUCCCUAGGACAACCGGCUUUGUCUCCCGCCGGCCUUCCUGGGCAGCUGGGAGGCGGGGAUGGCUCCUCCGGGACAAAAUGCGGGGGGGUCCGAGACAGAAAGGAAAUUUGGGAGCCGGGAGUUGGGGCUCAGGGGACCACCCUUCCCCCUCAGACAUGGACUCCCGCUCAGAGACGAGAUGACAGACGGUGGGUUACUGGUGCCGUUCCCAGGCGAUGGUGCCUUUCUGCCGUUGGUUCCCAAACAACGGUACCCUUUUCCUCAGUGGCACCUUCUCACCCGCCGGCGUCUUGCACCCGCUUUCCACAGAUGGAACCGGCCCAGGAAGCACCGAAAAGUCCGAUUAGCCCACGGAGCCCCACUCGCCAAACCGGUGUCCAGGCGGUCGGUUCCAGAGGGAGAAUUUCCCGGGUCAGGGUGGGCCCCUGAGAGCCGGAAGCUGAAGAAAAUGGGGACGGGAGCCGUAAAGAUGAGAACUUUAGCUCUCCCGCUGCCAUCUUGGUGGCAAAACCCGUCUCUGAGAGAGAUUGCACUGGAAGCGGCGCAUCGUCGGGUUGCUCCAUCGUCGAGCCUCGGGGCCGAGGCUGGGCGCGGGUCACCCAUCGAAAAGGCCGUCCACACACACGGUUGUGGGCAGACGGUGGCUCGCCCCAGCGGGGAGAGUUGUCUGUUUUCGUCAUGGGAACUGGCCUCCUCCUCCAGCAACAUUGCCAGGAAUCCCAGGGUCUGUCGGGCCUCGGUCCGGCCCAACCGCCCCCCGAGCCAGACCUCUGGGGUGCUGCUCAGGGACCUAGAGUGACCCCGGAGGAAGACCCCCAAAACUAGGCAAGCCUGGAGAGGCUGCAGGGAGGAGGUGCCAGUCAAGACCACCCUUGUGGGAAAGGCCAAUAUCUCUCUCUCCCACACACACAGAUCCUCUUCCACUUCCAGUUUUCCCCAACCGAGUUGUUCAACUUCUCGUCGACUUUAAUAAGUUUAUCAUAACCAACCUGAUACCCCUUUUUUUUUAGUAACGGUUACUCUGUCCUCUGUAUAUGUUGCACUGAAAAGGUUAAUAUUUAAUGUUUUAAUUUAUUUUGUGUGGUAAAUUAAUUUUGAUCUCCGUACUAUGUUCAUGUGAUUGGCUGUUCUUUCCUUAAUAUCUGAAGUAGAGUUAUUUAAAGAGGAGUGACAUGAAAUACAGUUGGCUUUUUUUUUUUCCAGAA